AUGGCUGCAGCCGCGGUUCAGCAAAUCCUCCCUUCGCGUACAGAGGACUCCACGCCAGCAACCCAGCAGCAUCCCACCAAGUCUAUCUCUCAGUCGGCAACAAAGAAAGACGUCCGAGCGGACUUGUAUUACUACAAAGAGAACGAGGAUGGCUCGCCGCCGCACCCAACCUAUGUCGACAAACCUGAAACCUACGAAAGGCCCUUCGAGACUCACAAUGUGACUAUCGAAGAUGUGACUGGAAAGGAGGAAGACUACAGUUUGGACAAGAAUGGGUUUCAAAUCCAUCGCCAUCAGGCUAUCGAGAAGGACUUUCUCGAUGAAGCUCAGAUCAGAUCAGGCUACUACCAAGAGGUUGAAGAGUUGUUGAAAAGCGUCACAUACACAACUUCGCAGACGGACCCAAUCUCACCACAGGACUCACCAGCUAAAGGCUGGACGGAUUCCAAAGCAUACCAGCCUGUUCCCGGGACUCGCGAGAUCGAAAGCCUCGAAGGAUAUCAGAAUGACGCAGGGGCACAACAACAACCCGUUCCGGCAGUCGUCCUCGCCCGGCACAGGCGUCGCCUGUUUUGUUGGGCUCUCCGUUACUUCCUCAUCGCGGUUGUUAUUUUUGUCGCCUUGCUCAUUCCAACCAUCGUAUUGAGUGAUGAUGCCGAGUUCGCCGAAGACAGUACCGCUGAACCUAUUCAGUCGAAGCAAGCUAAGAUCUUCGUUUUCUACAUAUGCCUCUGGCUGAUGGUUACAUGGAUUGGGGCAGUGUUUUUCGAUCUUCUUGGGCUUGGUUUUCCAUACCUCUUCAGAUUCGUUGCCAGAUACGUAAACUCUUCCCACCAGAAGUAUUGGAGAGUUUUCAAGUUCAUGAGACGUCCGAUCGCGUUUCUUGGGACUACGAUUAUCACAUACGUCUUCUUCGCUGCGUGUAUAGUGAGCAACAACCUUCUGGCAGUCAACUUCAACAAGCCUCCAGAUGCCUUCUGGUGGGAUGACGUGGUAGCCGAUGUAUUGGAGCAGUUGACACUGUGGAUUAGCUUCUACUUCAUUGAGAAGCUCUUCAUAUCCUACAUCACCAUUCACUACCACUAUCGAGGCGAUAACGUCAAGCUUACACGGACGAAAGACCUCCACAACGCCCUCAUCACACUUUACGAAGCAUCCGUCUAUCUGCACCCACCUCAUCGUGCCUUAUUUGCGCAGGAGGACAUGUUGAUCCGGAACGCGAAAGGCGACGUACAGUCUUCCGGUCGCACCAGGGUCUCCAGUUAUCUUGCGCGAAUGGGUAUCGACGGCUACAAGAUGACAAGUCUCUUUGGUAACUUCAUUUCCGACGAGCCGAACGCCCACUGGCUUCGACCAGCUAGUUCCUACGCAGUCAUUGAGCGUGCGUGGGCCAACCCAACAUCAGCCACGGCCUUGGCGAGACGCAUAUGGCUGCCCCUAGUUGCUGAGGGGAAGUCGGGUCUUACUGUCAACGACAUCAUUGAUGUCUUGGGCCCUUACCGUCGAGAUGAGGCCAUCAAAAUAUUCAAGACUCUGAACGAAAACAACAGCCCCGACAUUCGGAUUGAGGAGUUCAUUGGUAUUGUGACAGAGGCUGGGCGUACCCGGCAGAACAUUUACCGGAACAUGACCAACAUGGAUCACUGCAUCAACACAUUCGACUGGUUUCUGCUCCUCAUUAUCGCAGCAGUGAUGAUCUUCUUUAUCAUGGUUGCAUAUGUUCCUGCUAUCAAGCAGAUUCAGACAAUUUUGUCCAGUCUGGCAAUUGGUCUUUCGUUUGCUGUCGGGAGGACCUUCCAUCACCUACUAGUUGGUAUUGUGUUCGUCUUCUUCGACCACCCUUACGAUGUCGGGGAUGUCGUAAACAUUUACAACCUCGCUGCCACCGCUAGCACUCAAUGUAUUGUAAAGCGGCAGUCGCUCCUUUACACUGUCUUCAGACGGCUUGAUAACGGAUGCGACCUCCAAAUCUCCAAUGAUCGACUAUCCCAGAAGAGGAUCGAGAACUUCUCAAGAUCGGGUAUCAAUCGCCAAGGCAUCUCCAUGUUCGUGGACUUCAGGACUGGUUUCAAGGACAUAGUGCGACUACGCACGAUAAUGGAGGAGUUCUUGGCCGAAAACCCCCGAGACUACGUCCCAGACAGUUUGGGACUCAAUGUGAACUGGGUCAAAAUAUCAAGAAAGAGAAAGACCGUCGGCAAGGUUUGA